CGCCCGGCACCCCGCGCGCCCGGCACCCCGACCCCGCCGCGGCCCGCGCCCCUCAUGGCGCACUCGGGGGCCGCCGCGCAGCCCGGCGCGCAGGAGCAGGGAUGCCCCAUCCGCGUGGAGCACGACCGGCGGCGCCGCCAGUUCACCGUCCGGCUCAACGGGUGCCAUGACCGGGCUGUCCUGCUCUAUGAGUACGUGGGCAAGCGAAUUGUGGACCUGCAGCACACCGAGGUCCCCGAUGCCUACCGUGGCCGAGGUAUCGCCAAGCACCUUGCCAAGGCUGCGCUGGACUUCGUGGUGGAGGAGGACCUGAAGGCUCACCUCACGUGCUGGUACAUCCAGAAGUAUGUCAAGGAAAACCCCCUGCCGCAGUACCUGGAGCGCCUGCAGCCGUGACGGCCCCCAGCUGGCCCCACGGUCUUUCCCCCUGCCGGGAGCAGACGCCAAGAGGACGCUUGCCCGCCUGUGGACCCCGGCUCCUACUCCUGGCUAAGGACGGGUCCAGCACCCACAGCCUCGGCUCUCGGCAGCUCCUGCCAUGCAGACACCAGCCGAGCUUCGCGGGGGGGGUACCCCAGGCUCCCUACAGCAGCGCUGUCCUGUGGCCACCGCCUGGGAAUGGCUGUCCUGGGAGCCAGGAGAGCAUCUCCGGCAGCCCCAUGGAGCAAUAAAUAACCCUUGCAUGCCAACUUCCAAGGGCAGGAACACUGCACCCCAGCUACCAGCAGCACCCCGUCCCCCCAGCCUCUCCUAGACCCUGUGUCCCCAGCAGGGGCCGUGAGGGGUGAGGACUGAGCACCAACCCAGGCUCAAACUCAUUCACACACACACUUGCACAUGCACGACACACACACAUGACCACGUGCUGAGCGGUGGCCGUGUUGUCCUUGGCCGUCGACCUCUGCAGCAAAUGGAGGUCGCCACUGCCUGCCUGCCACAGGCAGCCCGGGCUCAGCUGUUUCGGAGGCAGUGGGGACCCCAGGAUGCCUUGGGAUGGGGGAGUCUCCGCUCUCCAUCAGGGCCCCCCCCCCAGUCCUGCCCAGAAGCCCAGUGUAGCAGCAGGUCGUGGAGGACCCCUGUGGGGGCUGGGAUGAGUCCAGGCCCUGCUUUUCGGGUUCACGGCUCCCUCUGUGGGCUGGGGUGUCCACAGGAGUGCUUUUGCAUGACCCCCCUUCGCUGCCCAGUGCUGGCACUGAGACCCUGCUCUCUGUGGGGAGUGCGGCGGAAGGGAAGGGACAUGCCCCAGCCAACUUCCCAAGGGUGGUGUUGUGCGCAGGCGCAGGGACCUCAAGACUGGCCUGGGCUCCCAGGUGUGGGUCAGCAAUGGCCACUGGCUGGCUCCCCUCGGUGCCCUUCAACCUGGGAUCGGGGAGCAAGGGGCUCAGCUGGCCUGUGCCAGGUGCCUAGGGUUACAGUUUGAGAGGAGAGAACAGGUUGUGGGCCUGGGAGUGGCUGGGGGGGCUCCCCAGGAGGUCCCCCCUACACACACACACACACCCCCACACACACACACACACACACACACACGUGUACAUACCUAGAGCACAAGCUCCUGACUUCUUUGUGGCUCAGUGGCCGAGCAUCACCAGGGCUGGCCAUGGAGCAGAGAGGCAGUGAUGCCCCCCUGGCCCCAGCAGGGCCCUGCACACUGUGCUCCUCAGCAGGUAACUGACCCCCCCCCUCCGAGUACUUGACCGUGGGGUUUCCACAGGCGAGGCCCAGGCCUCUUGGGGCUGCCUUAAAGUGACACAGACCGCCCCUCAGCCAGCAUAUCCUGAUGGCCCGUGGCUGGCCUGUCCUCUGGUGCUACCCCACCCCUGUCCCCAGGAGCCCCGUGUGGCUGGGGCCUGGGCCCUCAGCCCGUACAAGACCCUGGUGGGAGCAGGCAGGGAAUCCGUGCCUUUCUACUCAGGACCUGCUCCCUGGGCCGGCUCCGUUGACCCUCACGUGGCCUGAGCGUGCCUCCAGGGCAGUCACCCAGUCACCCCGAUUUUGAACAGACAAGGAGACAGACCAAGGCUCAGCGGGUAGACCCAGGUGUGAUGAGCGUGGCAGAGUGGCUGGGGCCUCCCAGCUGUGCUGACAUCAGGAUUCCCCACCCCACCCCGCCAAGGCCGGGCACCUUUGCUGCCUGUGCCCUGCCCAUCCCCCGUUGCCUAAAUGCCCCAAUGGGGAUGUAUUUUUUUUUUUUUCUUCUCUUAGCCCUGUUUCUUUCUCCCAGCUGUCCCUUCCUGGGCCUGCUGGGCCAACAGGAGGUGCACCUGAGGCUGAGGGCGGAGGGAUUCGAGGGGUCUGGCUCACAAACCUGCAGCCCACACAGCUGGAGCAGCCCAGGACACAGCCAGUUUCCAGCUCACGUGCUGCCGGAUCUCAGCAGUAUCUAGGCGACAGGUGGCCACGGAAAGCAAUAAACAGGUGCAAGCCCCCCCCCCGCCCCCCCACACACACCCCCCAGCUCCCUUGCAGCGUAGCCAUGGGGCUCUGCCAGGCUACUCCCAGGCUUUCCUGGCACCCUCCCCCUCCCCAGGCCUGUCCCUGUCCAGCUCAGUGUGUCUCUACCGUUCUCAGGGUCUCACUCCUUCCAGAUCACUCCCCACACCAGAAAUCCAGCGGGGCUGUGCAUGCCGCCUGGGGUGCAGCUCCGCAACCGGCAGGAUCAGAUUGAGGGGGUUUGUGUUUUUUUGGCCAUUUUUGUUCUCCGUGUCUACAAGAGGUUAAAUAAAAGCAGGAUGCUUUUCUGGUUGUCAA